GCAGAAGAAAAUAUAAUAUAACGUGUAUUAAAUAGAAUCAUGUCUGCGAAUAAUCAAGCGGAGCCAGCGGCCGCGAUGGCAGCGGCGGCAUCUUCGUCGGCGGCAUCCGCCGCCUCCGCCUCGGAGUACCUGAAACGCACCUGCCUCAUCUGCGGCUGCCAAACAAAUCAGACCAUCAACAUCUAUGAGCCGCGCUCCGGACCAAAUAUCGUGCAAUUAAUUCAGGCCAAAUUCAAGUUUCAGCCUCUGAAUGAGGAUAAAUUCCUGUGCUUCAGCUGCAACAAUUGGCUGAUCAACUGGCACUCGCUGCAGGCGCUCAACAGCAACGAUGCGGAGAGCCAGAGUCGGAGUCAGAGCCCCUCCCACAUGGGCAACCACAGCAGCGCCGGACUCGUGCAGCAGCAGCAGAAGGGACUUCCGCUGGAGCGGGCCAAGCUGCGGCCGGUGGCGCAGGUGCGUCCACAGCCGCAGGCGCAGAUGCUCGCCCAGCCACAGGUCCAGUUGCCCGCCGCACAGAUCGCGCCCCCGCCCGCCAUCAGCUACAACAAGCGUCGCUUUGGCCGACGCACUGCAGCAGCCAGCAGUGGGCGUGGCAAGAUGCUGCGCCAUAGCAGCAGCUGUGCGUGCCGCAAGUGCCGCGACUGCGAGAACUGCAAGUGGCGGACGCUGCAUCGACGCAGCCUGGUUAAGGUGGCGCAGCUGCAGCGCGCGCUGUGCCGGCAGCAGCAGCCGAAACAGUCGAAGCGGACGGAGCCGCAGCUGCAGCAGGAGCAAAGACUAGUCAAGACGCCAGCCACGCCCACUGGGCAGCCGAAGUACCAAAGAAUGCCAGCGCCGCGCGUCGACGGCAAAGUGGUGGCCAUGUUCCGGCGACUGGGCACCACGCUGAGCACCGAGCAGGAGUCGCAUCUAGCGUCGCUGCAGGAGCCGCUGCCCACGGCGCGUCCGCCGCUGCGCAUCAUGAGCCCCGCCAAGCAGCGUCCACGCUGGACGCGCGCCCUCGACGAGGAUGAGAUUCUGCUGGAAUUCGAUAGCGGCAUAUUCGAGGUGCUGCGGGAAGCGCCGUCGGCGACCACAGCGCGUCGACGUCUGCGCUAUCAGUUGAGCAGCGAGACGCAGGCAGCGGAAGUACAUGCAGCAGCGGAAACGGAAGUGCAAAAGGAGCUGGAAAACCGCAAAGUAACCCACCAAAACGAGCUGAAACUUGCAGGGCUGCAAUUGCCGCAGGGACUGAGCAUUACGUUGAUUUAAAGGCAAAACCCAAAAAAAAAACAUAAUAAAUCAAGAACAAAUGAAUAUUAGUCAAAUUAUAUGCACAAACAAAUGCGAGCAUUAAAAUAGUCUUAAUUAAUGUUUAAUUUAUAUUGUACCUCGAAUAAAUUUGUAAUUGUUAGUCAAUAUAUUAGCGCAAACGACAAGACCUAAGAAUGUUAAGUUAAUAUGUGUAUGAACAAAAACUAUAUUUAAUAUAUGUAUAUUAGACCUAAUUGGUAAACAAAAAAUGAAGAAACCCCUUAAGCCCAAACACAACCUUCCAAAAAAGCAAUCGCGUUAAACUCGUAGUUGAAUUUGUUUGCAUUUGCCAUGUUAUAGCUACAAAAAACAAGAAGUAUUUAAAAAAUAUAAUAUAUAAAUAAAUAUAACUAGCACAACUACAAUCAAAA